AUGUGUAUUUCCGUAUCACAAUUGGAGUUGUUGUCUGAGCAAAUUCAGUUGAAAGCUCCAUCAUUUGUGGUCACUACCAUCAAUCAAAACAAGCACAUCCACGCGCAUUUAUAUCCAAUGUUUCUCUUCAAGAAAAUAUCCAGUUACGAGCUAGUUUACGAUGAUUUUGUUGGCAGGCUAGGAUUGUGUCGCCCUUGCUUCUUUAUCGACUGCGCUAUUAAUAUUGUGGACUUUAUUGAAACUAUUUUUAGAGCAUGUGGCAUCACGUUCACAGCAAACCAUGUCGUUUGCGGGGAGCAUUUCGCGAGCUCGGAUUUGAUUGGUGGCGCACAACGAACGCACUUGAUGCCCAACUCUGUUCCAACGCUCUUUAUAAAACCACCUUUGUAAGUAUACUUUAAGAUCAGAGCCUUAGAAUAUAGAUGCAUGUA